GCUACCUGAAACACACACACACACACACACACACAUAUCUAAUGAUGGUGAUGGACACGUUCCUGAGAGGCAUCCUGUCCGACGAGAAAAUGGCAGGUGUGUUUUCUUACGAGAGUUCUGAAGUGGACUGGUGUGAGGACAACUACAAGCACUCUGAGAAUGUUGUUGAGUACUUCAACACGAUGAGCAGCUUCAUCUUCUUCGUGGUGGCUCCUAUAAUGCUCUACCUGCUGCACCCGUAUGCUAAGGAGAGAAACCUGGCUGUGCACCUGGUGUGGCUCAUGAUGAUCUUUGUGGGUCUGUUCUCCAUGUACUUCCACAUGACCCUGAGCUUCAUGGGGCAGAUGCUGGACGAGCUCUCCAUCCUCUGGGUUUUGGCCGUCGGCUACUCUCUCUGGUUUCCACGCAAACAUUUUCCUCACUUUGUUAAAGACAGGACCUCGUUCUCUCGCAUGGUCAUGGUGAGCACAGUCAUUACCACUCUGUUGUCGUUUGUCAAGCCCACUGUCAACGCCUACGCCCUCAACUUCUUCGCCCUGCACAUCCUCUACUCUGUGUGUGUGCAGCUGAAGAGCUGUACGGACCAGCGGGUGCUGCGUUUGGCGCGCGCCUCCAUCGGCCUGUGGGUGCUCGCCAUCUCCUGCUGGAUCAGCGACCGUUUCGGCUGCAGCUUCUGGCAAAAACUCAACUUCUGCUACCUGCACGGCAUCUGGCACAUCCUGAUCGUGGUCGCGACGGCGUACGCCAGCACGCUAAUCGCCUACAUCGACGCCAACAUGGAGAUCCCCUACUCUCACCCCGACCUGCAGUAUUGGCCUCGCGAUAACUGGGCUCUCGGGCUGCCCUACAUCGUCCUCAAGGCCAUGCCCAAGACGCGGAAAAGUUGCUAGCUGAGACACGCGAAUAAGAAGAAAAGGACAGUGAUGGUUUGUGGAGAAUGAAGUGUGUGUGUGUGUGUGUGUGUGUGUGUGUGUGUGUGUGUGUGUGAAAUGCUAAAUGUAUUGUGCAUUUGAAUACAUGCCAUUCUGAAGCGUCUUCCUCAAGAAGACGAGAUGAAGUUUACUCAAACACAGCCAGAGCGUGAUGCGAAGUUAAAUGAGUUUUCUUCAGACUAA